AUGCAACACACCCCAGAUCCAGAUGGACUGGAUACAGAGAUCACAUCUACCCAUGCAGAGAUCCGCAAUCUCCAAAAGCGCAAGCGCAUCCUCACCUCAAGUCUCCUAACAACAGACCCAAUCCAAAAGCUACUCCGCAAAAACCAAACAUCCAAUGAAGACCUAGCAGCUCUCUCCCCACUCGCCCAAGCAGCAGGCAAACACAAUGAAACCAACCACCACCGCAUCGCCUUCGGGGUAACCGCAUUCCCAUUCAAAGACCCAACCCCAAGCACCCCCUCAAACCUCCUGGGUAUCCGCAUCGAAGUCUGCACGCGCAAUGGCCAAUUCACAAAACCAUACUAUGUCCUCCUGCGCAACGAACGCAAGCGACUCCGCGUCCACCGGCACACAGUCCCAGCAUUCAUUUCAAUCGCGAAACUCGAAAGUGCAUACCUGCCGCGUCUGGCUGAGGAUCCCGAGUUAGCCAAGAAGGCACGGAGACAGGAUCUGCAGGGCUUUGCGCGCGAGCUACGACGGGAAUUAGUGGGGUGGCAUAUGCGGGUUGAUGCGGUGGAGUUUCUGCGUGAGAAGCUGGGUCUGGAGGGGUCUGUGGUGGAUGGGUCGCCGGAUCGGGAUACUGGGGUUGUUUCGGUGGCUGCGGUUGCGCUGGAGACGCGGUAUGUGAGGCUGGAGUGGGCGGAUGGACGGGUUGGACGGUUUACGUUGUCGAAUGGAGGGAUAGUGGAGCGGGCUGUGGUGAUUGGGGAUCAGGGACGGGAUAAGAAGACGGAAGAUGCGAUGACUGGAGGGGGAGGGAGGGUUGAGACUGUUUUGGAUCGAUUGCGAGUGGAAAGGGUCUCUCUUUCGCCGUGA